GCAGCAAGGGGGGCCGUGCCCCAGCCAUGGCCGAGCUCCGAGCUUGGCAGCGCUGCGGCCGCCCCUUCCUCCUCCUCACCUGCCUCUUCGCGCCCUUUCUCGGCCAGCCCCGAGCCGGCUCCACCGCCCGCUCCUCUUACGCGGGUGUAUCUGAACCUUCUUUUAUUGCUAAAAGUGAAGAUCGUUUGUUUAAACAUUUAUUUGAAGACUAUCAAAGAUGGGUUCGUCCAGUGGAACGCUUGAAUGACACAAUAAAAAUAAAAUUUGGCCUUGCGAUCUCUCAGCUAGUAGAUGUGGAUGAGAAAAAUCAAUUGAUGACAACAAAUGUCUGGUUGAAGCAGGAAUGGAUAGAUGUAAAAUUAAGGUGGAAUCCUGAAGACUAUGCUGGAAUAACAUCUAUUCGUGUCCCAUCAGAUUCUAUUUGGAUUCCAGAUAUCGUGUUGUAUGACAAUGCAGAUGGACGUUUUGAGGGAACACCUACAAAAACUGUGGUGAAAUACGAUGGCACCAUUGCUUGGACUCCACCAGCAAACUACAAAAGUUCUUGUACUAUUGAUGUAACCUUCUUCCCCUUUGACCUCCAAAAUUGCUCUAUGAAAUUUGGUUCCUGGACUUACGAUGGCUCACAGGUUGAUCUAAUUCUUGAAGAUUAUGAUGUUGACAAAAGGGACUUUUUUGAUAAUGGAGAAUGGGAAAUAGUGACUGCAACAGGGAGCAAAGGAAAUAGGACUGAUGGAUGCUGCUGGUAUCCUUUUGUUACAUACUCAUUUAUAAUUAGACGUUUGCCACUUUUUUACACGUUGUUUCUCAUUAUUCCUUGUAUUGGGCUUUCGUUUCUAACUGUCCUUGUCUUCUAUCUGCCUUCAAAUGAAGGUGAAAAAAUUUCACUUUGCACUUCAGUACUGGUAUCUUUGACUGUUUUUCUUCUAGUUAUUGAAGAGAUUAUUCCAUCAUCUUCUAAAGUUAUCCCACUUAUAGGAGAGUACUUGGUGUUUACUAUGAUAUUUGUGACAUUGUCCAUUGUGAUAACUGUCUUUGCUAUCAAUAUUCAUCAUCGCUCUUCCUCUACACACAACGCUAUGGCACCUUGGGUUCGCAAGAUAUUUCUUCACAAACUUCCCAAGCUGCUCUGCAUGAGAAGUCAUGUAGACAGGUACUUUGCUCAGAAGGAGGAAACGGGAAAUACAAAUGGAUCAGAAUCAUCUAGGAACACCUUGGAAGCAGCUUUAGAUUCUAUCCGAUAUAUUACAAGGCAUGUUAUGAAGGAGAAUGAAGUUCGUGAGGUUGUUGAAGACUGGAAAUUUAUUGCUCAGUUCUCCUUGGGUUUGAGUUACUGAAGUUUACUCUGACCUGAACAGAGAGCAAAAUGCAGUUUUAUGAAAGGUGAUGGACCCCAUCUUGCAGCAGUUGUCUCAUUUAGCUACAGCACUUUACUCAGCAGCAGCAGAAGAAUAAGCAAUCUCAUCACUGUGAAGGAUGUUCAUUGUUACACUCUGUUAUUGACAGUAAACUGUGAGAGGGAGACUCUAAAAGCUUAGAGUCGGCAAAUUCCACUAUUAAGGUUAUAACUUGGAGUAUCCUCACUCUGAAUCUCAUAGGACGGCUACUCAGGUAUGUUUCCUUGGCACUGGUUGCCUUAACUUGCUUCACUCAGCAUAUGUGUUGUCAAUAAAGACAAUAUUGUGCAACAAAGCUGCUCCCCAAAAUUACCUACAUUCAAAAUUGCACAUGUCUGUAAAACAGCUUGGGUAAUUUACUAGUAUAAAAUAAUGGUCUGUGUUGUGUUGUCCUUUUUUUCUUUUUC